ACUCUUAAAAUAUCCCUUUCUCUGUAAAGUUCAUAGAGACCCCUCUUAUCUCUUUACUCUCUCUCUCUCUCUCUCUAUCUUCUUUCUCUCUCCACCAGAAAAGUCAGUCCAAUCAGCCAACCGCCGCCGGUUGAUGACAACGAACCCUAAUUCUAGGGCGUCGCCGGCGAGGAGAACCACAGCGGAGGAAGGUCGGAAGCCCGCCCCAUCUCACUAGUGGGACGGACUCGAUCUCCCGCCGGUAACUGAUGGAGGUUUUGUUCGGUCCAACGUUCAGCAUCGAGGUACCGCCGCCCACGGCGUUCGCUGGCGUUUCUAUUCCGCUGGAGAAUCCAUCCCCCCCCGAGACUCAGAAUCGAGCCCGGUCGGGUUUUCGCGAGUCUGGAUCUGGUAGCUCGAUUGGGGAAAAUUCGUCGGCGAGUUCGUCGUCGAUUGGAAUUCCUGACGCCGAUUCCGAUGACGAUGGAGACACUGAUGAGGUACAGAGCAAGCCAAUGGAAGGAGGAUUAUGCGGAUUGGAAUCUCUCGAAGAAGCUCUUCCGAUUAAAAGGGGAUUAUCGAGCCAUUUCUCGGGGAAAUCGAAGUCGUUUGCAAAUCUAUCAGAGGUGAUUCAAGUGAAAGAUUUAGAGAAGCCGGAGAAUCCUUUCAACAAGAGAAGAAGGAUUUUAAUGGCGUCGAAAUGGUCGAGAAAAGCUUCAUUCUACAACUGGCCAAACCCUAAAUCGAUGCCUCUGUUGGCACUGAACGAAGAUGAAGAAGAAGAUCGUAAAGAAGCGAGUGAGGAAUCCGAUUCAGAGGACGGAGAUGGAGAAAGCGAUGAAGAAGAUGAAGAGAAGGAACGAAGAAGACGAACACUAGGGCAAAGAUUCCAUGAUCGAAAGCUCGUGAAUGGCUUCAAAUCCAAGAGCUGUUUUGAUCUGCAAGAAUAUGAACAACAAUGACUCGUAAUGAAAUGAAAUCCUCUAAGCCCUUUGUUCUCGACUUUUUAAAGAUUUAUCGUUCUGAACGAAGAGGAAGGGAAGAAAGAAAAAAACUUUUUUUUUCUAAUUUUAAUUUUUAUGUUUCAUGAGUCCAUGUAGAUAAAUUAAUAAUAUAGGUUUUUAUCUAAUUAUUAAUAGUAAUAUUAUAAUUAUAUAUAUAUGUGUAUAUGUAUAUAUGGUUGUGUCAUUGUGUGUAUGAUUUAUGAUAUGAUUGUUUGAGGGAGAUGGAAAGUGACGGUGGAAAAAGGAUAUAA